CGGAAGCGGAAGCGGAGUGCGCAUUGACCUGGCCGGAAUUGGCUUUGUCUGUAUGGGCGCGCGUGGGGCGCCAUGGGGACCGGAGGGAAGAUCAACCGGCCCCGGACGGAGCUAAAGAAGAAGCUCUUCAAGCGGCGCCGCGUCCUGAGCAGGGAGAAGCGCAAGAAGCGGCGGAUCGUGGGGGCAGUGGUGGACGAGGGGCUCAUUACUGUUCACCACCUGCGGAAGCGCCUGUCGAGCCCCAGGGCAAACAUCACUCUCUCGGGAAAGAAGCGGAGGAAGCUGCUGAAGCAGCUCCAGCAUGCUGCAAAGGAGAAGGCAGCCAUGCAAGUUGACACUGCCCUGAAGCCUUUAGAGAUGAAUAAAGCUGUCAGGUCUGGCCAGAAGAGGUGGAAAUCGGGGGUCUCUGAGGAUGUGGAGAUGAUGGACGCAGAGGCUGUUUCUGAAGCCAGGAGCUGAAUGCUCUCCAACAUCUGGACUUUGCCAGCUGCAUCUGUACCACUCCCUGCUGCACUGCGGCGGGUGGGGGUGGAUGAGGGUGUUCUGUUUGUGUCCCAGCUAGUGCUGGUUCAUCCUGUACUGGACACACAACAAACAGGCUCCUGCUGGUUGUCUGCAGACUGAUGCAAUGGGGGACAGGCUUUGAAAUAAAGGAUGCGGAGGAGGC